AGGAGGAAGUGCCAGAACACAGAGUUGUAUGGGCCCUCACAGACACCAACCUACUAAAAAUCUUCUCCAGCUAAGCAGUGAAUUCUGUGGCAUCUUGAAAGCAGGGACAGAUCAUGAAGGCUGUCUCGGGAGAGCAGGCUCUGGCUGGAGAGAGAAAGCUCAGGAUGCCCAGCUGCAUCCUAAAGCUGACCAGGGUGGUGCUGAGCCACAAGCCCUGUGCCCUUUUUACCCUCAUCUUUGUGUUCGUAGCCCUUGCCUACCACAAGCUGUACUGGGGCAUCGGGGAGGACCCAAAGAGCAGCAGCCCCACCUCCAGUUUGUCUGCUGAGAUGAGCUGUGCUCACUAUGUGCCUUCUGCCCUCGACAUGGCUGGUGGGCCCUCUCCUUCCACAGGAAACGUGUUUUUUGUGGAGACCUCGGAGCAAACUGCCCCAAGUUACCUGUUCUCGUGCUCUGUGGAGUCAGCAGCCAGGACACACCCUGCAUCAAGAGUCGUGGUGCUCAUGAAAGGCUUGGCCAAAGAGAAUGGCUCCUUGCCCAAGCACUGGGCUUUCUCCUUGCUCAGCUGCUUCCCCAACGUGGAAAUCCUGCCCCUGGACUUGACAGAGCUCUUUUCUGGAACACCUCUGGCACAGUGGUUUCUGCAGCCUCAGCGGCAACAGGAGCCUCAUUUUUUACAUGUCCUCUCUGAUGCCUGCAGGAUUGUCCUCAUGUGGAAAUUUGGUGGCAUCUACCUGGAUACAGACUUCAUUGUGCUUAAAAACUUACAGAACCUCACUAAUGCCCUCGGCAUUCAGGGUGACAGUGUACUGAAUGGAGCCUUUCUGUCCUUUGAGGCCAAGCACAAAUUCAUGGAGCUUUGUAUGCAGGACUUUGUGCAGAAUUACAAUGGCUGGGUCUGGGGGUACCAAGGCCCAGAGCUCCUAACUCGUGUCUUCAAGAAGUGGUGCUCCCUCGGGACUAUCAAGAGCAUGAGCUGCAAAGGUGUGAGUGCUCUUGCCCAAGAAAUUGUUUAUCCUAUUCCCUGGCAGGACUGGGAGCAGUUGUUUGAGGCAGUGAGUGCCUUGGAGCUUCAGAAACUCCUUAAGAACACCUAUGCAGUGCACAUAUGGAACAAACUGAGCCACGGGACCAAGUUAGAGAUCCCCUCCCAGGCUCUGCUGGCUCAGCUCUAUUCCCAGUUCUGCCCUGCCACCUACGCAAAGAUGAAGCAGGACUCUGAAGAGUUGUCGAGGCGUGCAGUGUGACCUGGGGGCCCUUGGCUGCAGGGAUAUUCCCCAGCCUGAGGGAAACCGAGUGCCUUUGACCUUCCCCAGAGUGGCUUUCUACGCCCCAGAGCAGCUGUGUGACUGCUCUGUUGUUCUGUACCUGACAUUGCUGAUAUCUGCCUCUGAUCCCCUGUGUUUCAAAUUUACAGCAGAACCUGACUGCAGCCUCUCUUGCUGUCCUAUAUGAGACCUGUUGCUGCAGGGAAGGUUGUACUCCUUCAGCAGCAUCUCUCAGCUGGUCCAUUCUUGGUGUUCUCCAAUGGCUCCUCCUCUGAAUCCCAGCCUGAGCAGCCCCUUGUGAUGUUUCAACAGCUAUAGAAACCCCUUGCUCUCUGUUCAUUUGAAAUUUUCACAGAAUAUUCUGUGUUGGAAUGAACCCACAGCCAUCUUGGGUCUAACGCCUGGCCAGUCCAACAAUCAGGCCCUGCGCCUGAGAGCGUCAUCCUUGGUGCCAUGACCAUUCCUGGGGAGCCUGUUCAGUGCCCCAGCACCCUCUGGGGAAGAACCUUUCCCUGAUAUCCACCCUGACCCUCCCUGACAGAGCUCCAGCCAUUUCCUGGGUCCUGUCCCUGGUCACACAGAGCAGAGAGCAGGGCCUGCCCCUCCUCUUCCCCUCAUGAGGAAGCUGCAGAACUGCUGUGAGCUCUGACCUCAGUCUGCUCUUCUCCAGCUGAACAGACCAGUGCCCUCAGCUGCUCCUUGUAUGGCUUUCUCAUCAGGCCUUUCACCAUCUUCAAAACCCUACUUUAUACACUCUCAAGCAGCUUCAGAGCUUUGUUAUAUUGUGGCACCCAAAACUACACACAAUAUUCAAGGUGAGGCUGCCCCAGCCCAGAGCAGAGUGGGACAAUCCCCUCCCUGGCCUGGCCUGGCCCUGCCAGCAAUGCUGGGCCCGGUGACCCAGGACAGGGCUGUCCCUCCUAGCUGCCAGGGCACUGCUGGCUCAUGUCCAACCGGCCAUCAACCCCUGUUGUAUUGCACUAAAUAGUUUAUUUAAUUGUUGUUUUGCACUGGGUCGGUGUUUUGCACUGAAGAGUAUGUUGUUAUCCUCAUGGGAUUCCUCUCUUAUAUCACACAAUCUUCCCCUCCAUCCCACCCUGGUGGAGGCCUCUCCCCAGGUUACCACCUCCCCUGGUCCCUCCCAUCACUUGUAUCCCAUUGGCUGUGUUCCCUCUUCUCCACCCCCUUCCCCAGGGUUUAAAAUCCCUGUUAUCAGACAAUUGAUCGCUUUUUCCUCUGGUCCUCUUGCCCUCCGUUGGACCCUCUGGAGUAAUUCCACAAUAAAGCUGUGGGAUUUUUGGUCCCGAGGAGAAGAGCACCUCAAGUCUUUCACUUUUGUCCUUGUAAGGCUGCGAGGGGCCAGGGUCCAAACCUAGUGAGAUGGGACCCAAAAGGCCCCGAGAGAUGAGCUUUACAAACCCCUAGGUCCCUUUCCACAACACUGCUCUCCAGCCUCUCAUUCCCAGUCUGUCUGUACAUUCAGGUUUGUCCCAGCCCAGAUGCAGAACCCAGCCCUUGCCUUUGUUUACUUCACACAACUGGUGACCAGGGCUCUCUGCAGAGCCUCUUCGCCCUUGAGGGAGUCAGCAGCUUCUCCCAGUUUUGUAUUAUCUGCAAGCUUACUUAGUGUCCCUUUCUGUCCUGCAUUCCCACUUUUUAUGAGGAUUUUUAAGAGAACGGGGCCUAUGACAAUGCCCUGUGGAACCCCACAAGUGAUAGGCUGCCAGUCAGCUGUCACCCAGGUAAUGUCAUUCUUUGUGCUUGACCCAUGAGCAAGUUGCUCAGCCAUCACAUGAUGUGUUUAUCCAGCUGUGGGCUGCACACUGAGAUAGAUUAUAUCCAAAAAAAUUACAUCUACUGAUGUUUUUGGAUCAACUGGGUGGGUUACCUUAGCAUAAAAGGAAAUUAAUUUUGAAAAGCAGGACUUUCCUCAUGUAUUAGCUGUGACCAAUGACUGUGUUGUCCUUCAGGUGUUUUUCAAUACCUCCCAGAAUAAUGAUCACCAUCUCCAUAAUUUUACCAGGCAGUGGAGUGAGACUGACAGGCCUGUAGCUUCCAGGGUCAUCCUUCUUGCCCUCUUUGAAAACUGGGACCUCUCCAGUUCUCAAGACUGUUCAAAAAUUAUCAAGAGAUGCCUCGUGAUGAUAUCAGCCAGGUCUUUAUGUAUUCUCACAUUAAUCCUGUCAUACCCCAUAGACCUACAGGGAUCCAGCUGGAGCAGCUGAUCCCUCACACCUUCACAGUUAACUCAGAGUUUACCAUUCUCAUAGUCACAGUCCUCCAGCUCCGGGUGCUGGGACCUCCUUAGUCCAUCAUCAGUGUUGAAGACAGAGGCAAAGAAAGCCUUAAACAUCUCUACCUUGUCCAUGGCCCUGUUUGUGAGGUGACCAUCCUCAUCCUGUAACGGGCUGAUGUCCUUUCACUACUGCCUUUUGCCAUUAAUGUAUUUUAAACCCUCUUUUUAUUGUCCCCCACAUUUCUGGUGGCUUCAACUGCAGUGGAGCUUUGGCCACACAAGUUCUCCCCCUACAGCGGUAAGCAGCAUCUCCGUACUCCUCCCACGUCACCUGACCUUGCUUCCACUGGACAUACCCCUUCCUUUUUUAUGUUAUCUCUAAAAGAAGAUUCCUGUUCAGCCAAGGUGGCCUUCUGCCUCAUCUGCUUGAUUUCCAAUUUUUAGGAAUUGCCUGUUCCUGUGUCCUCAGGAGCUGGUGCUUAAAAAGUGACCGCAGCACUGAUGGACCCCAGGACCUUCAAAAGCAUUUUCCCAGGUGUGUUGGUUCUCAAAUCACUUCUCAAAUCUCAAAAUCUCAAAUUCUGAGGAAAAAAAACAAACCCUCAAUUUUUUUUCUCAAAAUCUGAAAUUCAAGAUUUCAAAAAUCUCAAAUUGAUGAACCAAAACCACUACACCAGGGGACUUUACUUACUGGUUCCCUAAGCAGCCUGAAGUCACUUCUUCCCAUGUCCAGGGUUGAAGUUUUGUUGGCACUUUUCCUCCUGUUGCCAGAUAUUUUAAACUCGAUGGCUUCAUGGCCACUGUGGCCAAGACAGCCACCAAUCUCCACUCAAGAGGAUCACAAGAUCCUCUCUGUUGACAAGCAGCAAAGCAAGGAGGGAGGGCAUCUUUCUGAGUCAGCCCUCUUAGGACCUGUAGCAUGAAGUUGUCAUCCACGUGAUUCAGGAACACAUAGGGAGUAUACGAAAAUUGUGUUAAAGAAACAGAUGGUCAUCAGAUCCAUUUUAAGGCCUGCUAUGGAUCUCAUGACCAUCUCCUCACCUAAAUGUGUUCCCUGUGUGUCCAGGUCAUUGUAUUGUAAUAAUGUAUUUGAAAUUAACCUCUUAUGGAAUGAGAAGAGAAGAUUAAAACAUCCUGGAGUUCUGCCUGUGCCCAAAUCAAAGCUUCUGUCUGGAAGGUAAAGUGUAAGCAAUGUGUGGUUAUUGCAUUUUUAGAUAUGCAGGGACUAAAAACUAAGAGAAAUAUGUAUAUCAAUUUUAAUAGAACCUUUUCCUAAAUGCCAUUAUUUGCUGAAAAGUACAGUACUAUCAUGCAGAAGGGAAGACUGAUGUAAUUUAGAUGUAAAUUUAAUGUGAGCAGGAGUAUGUUUCAUGGUUUCUCAGACAGUGUCACAACACACUACUGAUUAAACAUUCCAUUGCAGACCAAAAGAGACGGAGUCAUCAAUUUUUACUUGAAAUGAGUUGUAUAAAACAACAUAUUAACUUUGCUCUCUGGUCCUGUCCAUCCCCCAUCCAUUCCUCCUGUCUCAACCACUCCUCCUUUCCCUCAAUUUGAAAAAAGAAGUUUCCUGCUCACUCCACUAAUCUUCACUAGUGGUGCUGAGCAGCACUGGAUAUGCUGUUCCAAUGUGGUGCCCAUGGCGCCAGACAACCAUCUGUAGCUCGUACUCAUCUAUCUUCACUGUUUCACGUGUGACUCUUUCUUCAGACAGCAGGAAAAUGACUGUAUAAAGGGCAAAUUCAAACUCCGGGCUGACACCAAUAAAGGUGCUUCCGACUGGCUUGACUGAGCCCUUCCAGCUGAACUGGAUGCUCAAAACUUGGUCAUCUUUAUCAGGCUGAAAGCAUAAAUGAAACAACAGAAUUAUCUCCAACACAGCUGUGACUGGACAGAUAGAAUUUCUGAUUCUAGAUUUCUGAGAGCUUUGUAAGACUUAGUCAUCCUUGGUGUGCCUGGGUGCUCUAGAUGGGCACAAUCUUUUCUCUGACCUCUGGAGCAUACAUUUAUCCCAACUAAGCCUCAGCAGUGUUGCGAUUCUGUAAACACUAGCACUACUUUUUAAAAUAGUUUUCACAAAAAAAGAAGCUGGAAGACAUAUAAUUGUUCAUUCUUCUUAUACACAGUUACAUACUGGAUAUACUUAUUGUUGUUCAAAACACUGAGCCUAUGUCUGCAUUAUUACACUUGUUUCAUUACAACUUUUAUCUCUG